CUUUUCCUUUCUCACUUUGGGUGGUGAAGGUGCAACAGUAAUCGGUCGUCCCGAAUUCGGGUUCAUCCGACACCCUCACCAAAUCAAGCCGACCUGAGCUCAGCUUCACCAGCGACACAAUGCCUCCUAAAUUCGACCCCACCGAGAUUAAAGUCGUGUACAUGAGGUGCACAGGUGGAGAGGUUGGUGCUACUUCCUCUUUGGCCCCCAAAAUCGGACCUCUGGGUCUGUCUCCCAAAAAAGUGGGUGAUGACAUUGCCAAGGCUACCGGUGACUGGAAGGGCCUGAGGAUCACAGUCAAGUUGACCAUCCAGAACAGGCAGGCUGCGAUCGAGGUGGUGCCCUCUGCCUCCGCCCUCAUCAUCAAGGCCCUGAAGGAGCCUCCCCGUGACAGGAAGAAGGUCAAGAACAUUAAGCACUCUGGCAGCGUUCCCUUCGAUGACAUUGUCAACAUCGCUCGUGUCAUGAGGCCACGAUCCAUCGCCAGAGAGCUCUCUGGAACCAUCAAGGAGAUUCUGGGUACAGCUCAGUCUGUGGGCUGCACCAUCGAUGGACGCCUACCCCACGACGUCAUCGAUGACAUCAACAGCGGCAAAGUAGAAUGCCCUUCUGAUUAAGAUUGGAUUGGCAAAGAAAUGCAAAUAAACUUGUGAAAAAUGAA